GGCUUCCUGCACAGCAGGUCAAAGCCUCCAGGGCGGCUUUAAACCGAGGCAAUAAUUAUAAUAAUAAUUUUGUCUACAACAUUAACAACAAUUAAAGCUGCUGUCAAUACCGGUACAACUGGAUGGCUGCCCGGAUUGCAACUCAGCUAUGGCAGAGACCAGGUUUGUUUCGUCAAUUAAAGCCCACCAUAAACAGUAGGGGUCUAAGAGUAUCUGCAGCUAGCAGUGCCAAGGAAAGACAGUUGACAGGGCAGUACAAUGUGAUUGACCACACGUACGAUGCUGUGGUGGUGGGUGCCGGAGGGGCGGGGCUUAGGGCUGCAUUCGGACUGGUAGAGGAAGGAUUCAAGACAGCCUGUAUUACUAAAUUAUUCCCCACAAGAUCACAUACAGUUGCUGCACAGGGUGGCAUCAAUGCAGCUCUGGGUAACAUGGAGCCUGAUGACUGGAAGUGGCAUAUGUUUGACACAGUCAAGGGCAGUGAUUGGCUGGGAGACCAGGACGCCAUCCACUAUAUGACAAGAGAAGCCCCUGAGGCAAUUAUUGAGCUUGAGAACUAUGGAAUGCCUUUCAGUCGUACGGAUGACGGGAAAAUAUAUCAGCGUGCUUUCGGGGGUCAGAGCCUAGACUUUGGUAAGGGUGGUCAGGCUCACAGGUGUUGCUGUGUGGCCGACAGAACUGGACACUCUCUGUUGCACACUCUGUAUGGACAGUCCCUCAAGUACGACUGCCACUAUUUCAUUGAGUACUUUGCACUGGACUUGCUCAUGGAGGGUGGAGAGUGUGUUGGGGUCAUUGCUCUGUGUCUAGAGGACGGGAGCCUCCAUCGAUUCAGGGCCAAGAACACCGUCCUAGCCACUGGAGGAUUUGGUCGUGCUUAUUUCUCGUGCACUUCUGCUCACUCAUGCACUGGUGAUGGGACGGCGAUGGUGUCUCGAGCUGGGCUGGCUAAUGAGGAUAUGGAGUUUGUGCAGUUCCACCCAACAGGGAUCUAUGGAGCAGGCUGUCUCAUCACUGAGGGAUGCAGAGGUGAGGGUGGCUACCUCAUCAACAAGACUGGAGAGAGAUUCAUGGAGAGGUAUGCCCCCACUGCCAAGGACCUCGCUUCAAGGGACGUCGUCUCAAGAUCAAUGACUCUAGAGAUCAGAGAAGGAAGGGGCUGUGGAGAGAUGGGAGAUCAUGUACACCUGCAGCUGAGUCACCUUCCCCCGGAGAUCCUGGCAACAAGACUGCCCGGAAUCUCAGAAACUGCUCAGAUAUUUGCUGGUGUUGACGUGACCAAGGAGCCCAUCCCCGUCCUCCCGACUGUACACUACACUAUGGGCGGAGUUCCCACCAACUACACUGGACAGGUUGUUCAGCACAGUCCAGAGAGGGGUGACUUCAUUGUGCCUGGCCUGUAUGCUGCUGGGGAGACUGCUUGUGCCUCAGUACACGGUGCCAAUCGUCUGGGUGCUAACUCACUCCUCGAACUGGUGGUAUUCGGCAGAGCUUGUGCCCAUGCCAUUGCUAAGACCAACAAGCCAGGGGAGGAGCAGGCACCAUUGCCAGAGAGAGCAGGAGAAGAGAGCCUUGCUAACCUGGACAAUCUGUAUCAUAAGAGCCAGGGUGACACACCCACAGCUGAAUGGAGACUCAAUAUGCAGCGAGUCAUGCACAACAACGCGGGGGUGUAUCGCAGUGGUAAGUUCCUCAAAGACGGAUGUGAUCAGAUCAGCAAACUGGCCGUCGAUAUGGAGAAAAAUUUGAAGUUGUAUGACACAGGUAAAGUAUGGAACACUGAUGUUGUGGAGACUCUUGAACUUCAGAAUCUGAUGUUGAAUGCCCUCCAAGUUGUGUAUGCUGCUGAAACUAGAACUGAGUCUCGUGGAGCUCAUGCUCGUGAGGAUUACCCGAAAAGAAUUGAUGAGUAUGACUAUUCUCAAAAAGAUCCAGAGCAGAGUCAAACAAAACGGACAUUUGAGGAGCAUUGGAGAAAACACACAAUGUCGUAUGUGGACGACAAAUUCGAUGUUAAACUAACCUAUCGUGAUGUAAUCGACCACACUCUGGAUGAAGACGAAUGCAAGCAUGUCCCACCUAGUGUCAGAGUGUAUUAGACCAACUAACGAAAACUCCAUCUAGUUGAAUUGAUAUUUCAUGCUGUGUAUAUUUUGUGAGUAUCUUCUCUUCAAAAAGUG